AUGGCUACUCCUUCGUUGGACGAAGAAACCGCUAAGGAAGUCCUUAGACAGGUUGAGUUUUAUUUCAGUGACAGCAACAUACCCCGUGAUAAUUUCUUGAGAAACGCAAUCAAGUCCAGUGAAGAUGGCCUGGUGAGUUUGGCUUUGAUUUGUUCGUUUAAGAAGAUGAAAGGUUACUUGAAGUUAAUGGAUGUGAAGCCUGAAGAAAUCCCAGAAGCUACUGUUCAGUCUGUGGCAGAAACUUUGAGAAAAUCCUCUUCUCUUAAAGUAUCUGAAGAUGGGAAGAAAGUAGGCAGAAUUGCUGCGCUAUUGAAGCCAGAUGAGGCUAUAGAGCAAUUAGAUGUAAGAACAGUUGCUGUGUCACCAUUAAAAUAUAAUGUGAAGCGGGAAGAGCUGGAGUCGUUUUUUGGUCAACAUGCAAAGGUUACAAGUGUGAGGAUGCCUCGUCAUGUUGGUGACAAAAGGGUAUUUUGUGGUACUGCUUUGAUUGAGUUCUCAUCGGAGGAAGAUGCUGAAAAGAUUUUAAAGCAAACCUUGGUUUUUGAAGGUGCAGAGCUUGAAAUAAAACCAAAGAAGGAAUUUGAUACAGAAAGAGCACAAGAAGAAGAGGAAUUUGAAAAUUCUCAUCCCUCAGCUGGCCCCAGUAAUAAGAACAGUUCCAAUGGAGAGGGGAACUACCCAAAGGGCUUAAUUAUUGCGUUUUCUUUGAAGAGGAAGCUAGCUGGAGUUUCUGCAGAACAAAAUGUUGCUCAGGAAUCUGCCAAUGGUGAUGCAAAUGCCUGUGAAGCAGAUGGAGGAUCAAAUUCAUCAGAGAAUACAGCCAAAGAAAAUGAACAGAAGGUUCCAGAAAAUGUUAAGACUGAUGAUGAAAACAAUGGGGAAAAUGUUGAUGGGGACAAUGGCUCUGAAAGUACAGUAAUGAAAACUGGAGAGGAGAAAUCAUCUGAAGAUCCCAAUGGAAAGGAGGAAGGGAAAGAAAAACCUAGCGCAGCUGCUUCCAAGGAUGACAAGAAUGUUGUUUUGCGUGAAGAUCUGAAGGCUGUCUUUGAAAGAUUCGGCACUGUAAAGUACGUUGAUUUCAAAAUGGGAGAUGAAUCAGGAUAUAUUCGAUUUGAAGAAGCAGAAGCAGCUCAGAAAGCUCGAGCAGCUGCAGUCCUAGCUAAAGAAGAGGGUCUGGUUGUGAAGAAUUUCAUUGCCACUUUAGAACCUGUGAUUGGUGAGGCAGAAAAGGAAUACUGGAACCAACUCCGUGGACAAAAAGAAAGGCGUUUUGAAAAUAAGGGCAACCGAGGAAGGGGUGGGAGAUACUACAAAGGUGGCGGCAAACAUCACCGCCCUAGAGAAAGCGAUUCUGGGAGACCAAAUAAAGCUCAGAAAGUUGGAGCAUCAUGA